AUGAUGGAACAGAGCAGUAUAAAAGCACCGGUUGGAUGUUCGUUCUAUCCCACUUUGACCAGCGGAGAUUUCACGUUUCAGCAUGAAUCUACUAGGCAUUCUACUAAUUGUUUGUUCGGCCUGGAUGUGUCAGGCUUAUCCUCACGAAAAGCUUCAUGACCACGAUCAUGAACACCACCACCAUCACGACAUUAUAGACCUUGCAGCUAAAAUUGUAGCUUACAAGAUGAAAGAUAUUUCCAACGAAUCAGAAACUUUUAAACCGACUGAACUGAUGAGCUGUAUUCCGCAAGAUUAUCGAACGAAAGUUCACGAACUGUGUGAUGUGAAAUUGCACGAACAACCGGGUCAAGAUCAUUCACCACCAGCGGCCGCUGAAUGUGUUUUGACCAUGAUCAAAGCAUUGGACAACGUCACUGGUCUUUUAGACUUGGCUGUUCUCAAAAUGCAAUCCAUCGACAUUUCGUCUCUCACAGCGGAGCAAAAGAAAUUAGCGUCCACUAAACUCGAAUCCUGUGUCGAAUCCAAUUUUACUCUUCUUGAUCUUCCACUCUCUAUGGCUGCUAAAAAUAUGACAAUGGGUGAAAUGAAAAAAAUGUCUCCUGUCACGAAAAAGUACAGCCAACGCAGCAAUCCAAUGAGAGUUAUUGUUUGCGUGGCCUAUGCUCUGAUCGAAAAUGGUUGUUCUAGCGUGGCUGUCGAUAUGAAAGCUGAUUUGGUUGCUUCUCCGGUCGGCUUGCAUAGUUUUGUUUCAUCGGAAGGAAAUUCAGAUUAUGAUGGUGGCGAUUAUUACGAUGAUUACGGUGAUUCUUCGUAUGCGUAAAAAGGAAGACAAUUGACUACCAGUUUAAACUAGAGAUAGGAUGAAGUGUAUUGCCAUUUAUUGCAGAACAAUCAACUAGACUUUGCUUCGGACUCUUUUAAAUUUUCAUAAAUUGAGCCAAUAUUACGGGCUACUAAAAAAAUUAUAUGUUAUCUGAAUAAAUAAAAUAAAGCAUU